AUGAGCACACUGGAGCAAUCGAUAAGGAAGUUUGCCGAGGAACCGACGAAUAGUAUGAUUAAACCAGAAAUAGGAACAAGUUUCGAUUCGUUGGGCAAGGAAUACGACUUCUACAACCUGUAUUCAUGGGAAGUUGGAUUCGGUAUUAGAUAUGGGGAAAGCCGACUAAAUGCAGAAGAUAGAGUGCAGUUGUUCACUAAGUUCUGUGACACUAUCAUACUGAAGCUCAGCCGGACCACGACUGUCAACAGGGUCACCGUAUUCUUUGAGGAACACAAACAAUCCAGUUUCAUGGCACACAGUAUUCUCCCCAGUUCUGCUCGAUUGGGUUGUCAGUUCAUGUACUCUGGAUUUGGAGGGGGUGCAUUCAUGCAUUAUAUUGGAGCAAGGACCUGCCGAGGAGGGGGAUACCAUGGGGAGGCGAACCUGGACAUUGUGAAGGCUUCUGAUGCAGUUUACAAGAAGCAAUUGCUGAGUGAAAUGAUAAUAAGAAGGUUAAAUAAUGUUGUUCAAUCUUUCCGUCAAGCAACCUGUUUGGCCCCAAAUGUCCGCACCGACGCGGUGACACCCGUGGGCGCCACCGUUCCUUCCUGA